GGUGCAGCUGAAAGAUGUGGAUCUCUCGCAUAAAUUGACCGGGAAAUUUAACGUAUUUAAUAACUAAUCAGUUGCUUUUCAUUUUCACAUAAGUGAUAUUAUAGUCUAAGGUCUAAAGUUAUGUAUUUUUUAUCUUAUAUACAAAUAAUGAUAUCACUACUUUGAUGAUAAAGUAUAAUAACACAGUUUAUAACCUCACUUUCAACGCGAGUCAACAAGAUUUAGUAAAGAAGUAGCACACGGUCUCAAGUUUGUACAGACCGUAUAAUUCAAUUGUGUCACUUGUCAGAAUAAAAAGGGACGUGCAUUCAAUUGAGUUGGAAGGUGAGGAUACCGAGUGUGAACUGCGAGAACAAUCAUAAGAUACGAUAAACAGUGUUGAACGAUCACGCGAUUACAGUCAUCAGCGUGCACUACGAAUCAGCUGAUCGCGCACGAACGACGGAACGAACGUCCUUGCACGUCCUUUGGUCAGGAUCGCGUGAACCAUGGCGCGCAAGGAUUCUCCUUCGAUCUUCGAACGAUUGCAGAUCCUUAUGGAGGAUGAAAUGGGACCAGGAAGGCUUAUUACUUACGGAAUCGCCAGUGCCGGCCUGUUUGUAGCCCUGUACAAAAUUAGACCAUUCGCCAAGUUCACAAAACCAUCUAAUGUCCCAUUGCAUUUCCUGCAAUCACGAGUUCCACUUCAGGGUACUGUACAGCGAGUGGAACCAAGCUCUACCAGAGUUCUACUAAUGGUCAAUCACCGACCUUUACUGCCUUUUAUUCACUUUAACAGCAAGACUUAUUUGCCUGUCAAAAUUGGUGGCGUUAACAUUACAGGCAACGGUGUAAGUUGGUUGCAAACUGUGCUCAAUGAAAAACUCAUCACGUUUGUGCCUAUAGUUAAAGAAAAGGAGUAUUUGGAAUGUGUGGUUGCAAUGCCACAGAAAAAUCAAGACUCGUUAGAGAUUGGCGAGGAAUUAGUCAAAUUAGGCCUAGCUACAGUACAUGAACCUUGGAUAAAGCUAAAAGAUAAGCAAGUUCUAGCAUAUAAAAAAUCUUUAGCAAAUGCGCAAAAAUGGGCAGUACGUAGGAGAAAUGGAUAUUGGCAUUUUGUUAAACAACCAACUGUUCUAUGGAAGACACAAAUGUUCAUGAUUGAUAAAAUGAAAUCAUUAUUGCCCAUGAAUGUAGUGAAACGGCUUGAUUUGUAAGUGUUCGACGUAUUUCGACAAUAAACUUCCAGAGUAAUAUAUAUUUUUUAAUAGUUUAUACAAGAGAGA